AUGAGAGGAGAUGUCGAUGCAUCACAAUAUAGCGAGGCAGAUAGAGAUAAUGAAUGUAUGUGCGACCAUGACGGGUAUCACGAUGUUUGGUUCAAGACUCCAGUACAAGCAUUCAAAGAAUUUGGAGACCCAGAGGAACUUGAAAAGAUGUCAGAAGAUUUCUAG